CCAAGCAUACACGACUACCGUUCAUAAAUACCUGAAUGAGCAGUCCCAGAGAGCGACAACUCACGGAGUGAACGACACAUCACAGGUUAAUUCAGUUGCCUAAUUAGACUCAAAUACCUGCUGAGAGAAUUUAAUAUGAAUUCAAAAGUUGAUGGACCACGCAGAGGAAGAUCCUUCGAUUCUAUGAACACAUGUUUUGAAGAGAAGCAUCUGAACAAUGAGAUGAACAAAUCUGUGUUCAGCAAGAUUGAGGAGAAUAAAGACAACAAGAACUUGUCCUCAGAGAGGAGCCGAGCAGAAAUCAUAUUCUCCCUGAAGAAUGAAGUCGGCGGACUUCUGAAGACACUUAAGCUUUUUCAGGAGAACCACGUCAACCUUGUUCACAUUGAGUCCCGGAAAUCAAAGCGGCGUAACUCAGAGUUUGAGAUCUUUGUGGACUGCGACAGUGAGCAGGAGCAGCUUAAUGAAAUCAUCCAGCUGUUACAGAAGCGCGUGAAGGUCAUCAACAUGAAUGCUCCUGACAACUCCUGUCUGCCUGAGGAAGAUUUGGUUGACGUUCCAUGGUUCCCCAAGAAGAUCUCCGACUUGGACAAGUGCGCCAAUCGCGUCCUGAUGUACGGUUCGGACCUUGAUGCUGAGCACCCGGGCUUCAAGGAUAACGUCUAUCGCAAGAGGAGAAAGUACUUUGCUGACCUGGCCUUAAGUUACAAACAUGGGGACCCCAUACCUCGUAUCGAAUUCACGGAGGAGGAGGUGAAGACGUGGGGGGUGGUGUACAGGGAGCUGAGUAAUCUGUACCCCACCCACGCCUGCCGGGAGUACCUGAAGAACCUGCCCCUGCUGGCCACAUACUGCGACUGCAGGGAGGAUAACAUCCCGCAGCUGGAGGACGUGUCGCGCUUCCUCAAAGAGCGCACAGGCUUCACCAUCCGGCCCGUAGCCGGCUACCUGUCCCCCCGAGACUUCCUGGCGGGCCUGGCUUUCCGCGUCUUCCACUGCACGCAGUAUGUGCGGCACAGCUCUGACCCGCUGUACACCCCAGAGCCAGACACAUGUCAUGAGCUGCUGGGUCACGUGCCCCUACUGGCAGAGCCCAGCUUCGCCCAGUUCUCCCAGGAGAUCGGGCUGGCCUCGCUGGGGGCCUCCGACGACUCGGUCCAGAAGCUGGCCACGUGCUAUUUCUUCACGGUGGAGUUUGGCCUGUGCAAACAGGAGGGGAAGCUCAGGGCCUAUGGGGCCGGACUGCUGUCCUCCAUUAGCGAGCUGAAGCACGCCCUCUCUGGGAAUGCCAGGAUUAUGCCCUUUGACCCAAAGACUACCUGCAAGCAGGAGUGCCUCAUCACCACCUUUCAAGAUGUAUACUUCAUGUCAGACAGUUUUGAGGAAGCGAAAGUCAAAAUGAGGGAGUUCGCUAAGACCAUCAAGAGGCCUUUCACUGUGCACUACAACCCCUACACCCAAAGUGUGGACGUGCUGAAGGACACGCCCAGCAUUCUCAGCAUAGUGGAGGAGUUGCGUCACGAGCUCGACAUCGUGGGCGACGCACUCAGCCGACUCAACGAGCAGCUUGGGUUGUGAUACCCGGCUGGACCCCCAGGUGCUGAUCCCCGGGUGCUGAUCCCCGGGUGCUGAUCCCAGCCGUCAUGCAGACAUCAUGCUCCUUUCCAAACCCAACCCUACAAUCCAGAACAACCAAAGAUUCAGCUAAUGAGAUAGAAACCUCCAAAAUAUCUUUCGCCGUUUAACUUGCAUUAAGAUUAACAACCUAUGGGAGAGUCAAAUGUAGUAUCCUUUAUCCUGUAAGCAACUGGUAAAUGCAUUACUUCUUUGUAUUCAGAUCCUGCAUUUGUUGUCUCAGAUCAAAUCAGUAGCUCCCAGCCUGUCCAUCUCUGAAGCAUGCUUAGACAAUCUGUAAAACAUUUUACACUAUACAUGUCAAAUGUUCAAGGUCUGUAGUAACUAACAGUGUUAAAAUAUUGGUUUGUGUGUUUAUUUUUGAUUUUGAAUAUUGAUGAUUAAAUAUUCCUGAUUGUAUAUAUGCAUUUCAGUUGUUGCUGUUUCUUUUUAUUUGCUGCUUGCUGGACCUGCAGAUUCUAAACACGUUUGCAGAUGUGAGUGACCUUUUUGACAGGUACAAUUACAGCUUUUAGGCCUCUUUCACAAAGUAAUUAUAAUGACUAAUAUUUAAUUAUAAAAGCUGAUUAGGAAUAAAUCCCCAAAUUCAUGAUUCCACAUCCAAUGAUUUAUUUAGCCAUAUGCGUCCACUGUGACAUCAAAUGAGGCGAUAUCAAAUAUUGGUGGCUGACCAACACUCAGUUUAGCCUGUUAAAUAAUGUCAGAUUUAGUUAUGUGUCUGGUUAAUUAGCAUAUACUCGAUAUAUGCUGACUAAUACAUUAUAUAUAAUCCUGUACAUAAAUAAAUAUGUAGUCCAACCGGGACACCUUGCAUAUGCCUGUGACUUCCCAUAUGACUGACUUAUUCUGUAUAUAACAACCAACCAUAAUUGUUGCCCUUUUUCGGAUAUAACGAAAUACAGUGAUCCCGCCUAUCGCAGAAGUU